UUAUUUUUUCUUUCUUCUACUUCACCUUUUUCUCUCUCCAAAGCCCUCCAAAAUUUUUUUCCCUUUCUCUCUCUAGAUUUCUUUUUUCUCUGAAAAACCUGAAAUUUUCUACCAUUCUAUUUUUUUUUUUCAAACACUUUGGUUUUUCUUUCUUUUCAAUUCAUUGAUGGAUCUACCAUUUCCAUCCCAUUUCUUUCCAAUUUCUUCUCCACCAGAUCUUCUCAGCUAGCUCUUUAUAAAAGCCGAAGCUCUAAAUUUUUAUUUUAUUAUAUAUAUAUAUUGGGUUCUUAUUCUCCGUUUGGAUUUUGGAUUUGUUCCGAAGAGAAAGCGAAACACAAAAAGAGAGUAUGAAAGUGCCGUGUUGUUCGGUGUGCCAAACGCGGUACAACGAGGAAGAAAGAGUGCCGCUUUUGCUUCAGUGCGGGCAUGGCUUCUGCAGAGAGUGUCUAUCCCGAAUGUUCUCGGCGAGUUCGGAUACCACGCUUGCUUGCCCCAGGUGUCGCCAUGUGUCCGUAGUCGGGAACUCCGUCCAGGCUUUGCGGAAGAACUACGCCGUUUUGGCUCUCAUACACUCCAACUCCAACGCCCGCGGUUCCGGCGGCUCGGCGGCCAACAAUUUCGACUGCGAUUACACCGACGAUGACGACGAUGGGGAUGAUGAUGACGAUGAGGAUGAUAACGAUGACGACGACGAUGCGGGGGACAAUGAAGCUGAUUCGCGCCGCCGGUGUAGCCGGCCCUCACGGACGUCGAGCUCCGGCGGCUGUGGGCCGGUGAUUGAGGUUGGAGUGCACCAGGAGGUGAGAUUGGUGAGGAAGAUAGGAGGGGAGGGAAGGCAGGCUGGGUCAGAGAUGUGGGCGGCUGUGAUCGGGGGAAGCGGGUCGGGUCGGUGCAGGCACCGGGUUGCGGUGAAGAAGGUGACGGUGGCGGAGGAGAGCAGUGUGGAUUCGGUGCUUGGGCAGUUGGAGAAUUUGCGUCGUGCUUCGAUGUGGUGUAGAAAUGUGUGUACUUUUCAUGGGGUUACGAAAAUGGAAGGUUCUCUGGGUCUUGUAAUGGAUAGGUGUUAUGGGUCGGUUCAAUCUGAAAUGCAACGUAAUGAAGGCAGGCUUACUUUGGAGCAAAUCCUAAGAUAUGGGGCUGACAUAGCACGAGGGGUAGCUGAACUUCACGCAGCUGGUAUUGUUUGUAUGAAUCUGAAACCAUCCAAUCUUCUUUUGGACACAAGUGGCCGUGCAGUGGUUUCUGAUUAUGGGCUUGCUGCAAUUCUGAAGAAACCUUCCUGCCGGAAAGCUCGAUCAGAGUGUGAUAGCUCAAGGAUCCAUUCAUGUAUGGAGUGUACAAUGCUCAGUCCUCACUAUGCAGCUCCAGAAGCCUGGGAGCCAGUAAAGAAGUCAUUAAAUAUUUUCUGGGAUGAUGUAAAUAUUUCUUCAGAGUCGGAUGCCUGGAGUUUUGGUUGUACCUUGGUGGAGAUGUGCACUGGUUCCAUCCCGUGGGCUGGUUUAAGUGCAGAGGAAAUCUAUCGAGCUGUUGUCAAGGCUCGAAGAUUGCCUCCGCAGUAUGCUAGUGUAGUAGGGGUUGGGAUUCCUAGGGAAUUGUGGAAAAUGAUUGGUGACUGUCUGCAGUUCAAGGCAUCAAGACGACCAACUUUUAAUGCGAUGUUAGCAAUUUUCCUCCGUCAUUUGCAAGAGAUACCACGCAGUCCUCCUGCAAGCCCUGACAAUGAAGUUGCUAAAAUCUCUGGAUCAAAUGUGACAGAACCAUCUCCUAUAUCUGAUUCAGAAGUUUGUCAGGACAACACUAUCCUUUUACAUAGACUUGUGUCUGAAGGGGAUGUGAAUGGUGUUAGAGAUCUGCUGGCAAAGAUUGCAUCAGGAAAUGGUAACAAUGCAAUAUCUUCAUUAUUAGAGGCUCAAAAUCUAGAUGGUCAAACUGCUCUCCACUUGGCUUGUAGACGUGGUAGUGCAGAUCUUGUAGAAGCUAUUUUGGUGUAUAGAGAGGCAAAUGUGGAUGUGUUGGACAAGGAUGGGGAUCCUCCACUUGUUUUUGCAUUAGCAGCGGGAUCACCAGAAUGUGUUUCUGCUCUCAUUAAAAGAGGUGCUAACGUGAGAUCUAGGUUGAGGGAAGGCUUUGGCCCAUCUGUUGCCCAUGUUUGUGCUUACCAUGGACAACCUGAUUGCAUGCAUGCCUUACUAUUGGCUGGAGCUGAUCCUAAUGCAGUAGAUGAUGAAGGUGAAUCUGUACUUCACAGAGCUGUUGCCAAAAAAUAUACUGAUUGUGCUCUUGUCAUAUUGGAGAAUGGAGGAUGUAAAUCCAUGGCUGUCAUUAAUCCGAAAAAUUUGACGCCAUUGCACUUGUGUGUGGCAACAUGGAAUGUGGCCGUUGUCAAAAGGUGGGUGGAAGUUGCUAGCCCAGAAGAAAUUGCUGAUGCAAUUGAUAUACCCAGCCCAGUUGGUACUGCAUUGUGCAUGGCUGCUGCUGUAAAGAAAGAUCAUGAAAUUGAGGGGAGAGAAAUGGUGCAAAUACUGCUUUCUGCUGGAGCAGACCAAACUGCUCAAGAUGCCCAGCAUGGGCGUACAGCUUUGCAUACAGCUGCAAUGGCUAAUGAUGUUGAGCUGGUGAAGAUUAUUCUAGAUGCUGGAGUUGAUGUGAACAUCCGGAAUGUACACAAUACAAUUCCUCUUCAUGUAGCACUGGCCAGAGGGGCAAAAUCAUGUGUUGGAUUGCUCCUAUCUUCUGGAGCAGAUUGUAAUUUGCAGGAUGAUGAAGGCGACAAUGCUUUCCAUAUAGCGGCGGAAGCAGCAAAAAUGAUUCGUGAAAAUCUUGAAUGGCUCAUUAUAAUGCUUCGGAAUCCAGAUGCUGCCAUUGAAGUCAGAAAUCACAGUGGCAAGACUUUACGUGACUUUUUGGAGGCCCUUCCCCGUGAAUGGAUUUCUGAGGAUCUGAUGGAGGCACUUGUAAAUAGGGGAGUUCAUCUGUCUCCUACAAUAUUUGAAGUGGGUGACUGGGUUAAAUUUAAAAGAAGUACCACAACUCCCACAUAUGGCUGGCAAGGUGCAAAACAUAAAAGUGUUGGUUUUGUACAAAAUGUGCCAGACAAGGACAAUCUCAUUGUUUCAUUUUGUUCUGGGGAGGCUCGUGUUUUGGCUAAUGAAGUUGUAAAAGUCAUUCCGCUGGACAGGGGACAGCAUGUUCAGCUCAAGCCAGAAGUAAAAGAGCCCAGGUUUGGUUGGCGUGGCCAGUCACGUGACAGUAUUGGAACUGUUCUAUGUGUUGAUGAUGAUGGUAUCUUACGUGUUGGGUUUCCUGGAGCAUCAAGAGGAUGGAAAGCUGAUCCUGCAGAGAUGGAAAGAGUUGAAGAAUUCAAGGUUGGGGACUGGGUUCGUAUUCGUCCUACUCUGACAGCAGCAAAACAUGGAUUGGGAUCUGUGACUCCAGGGAGCAUUGGUAUCGUGUAUUGUAUCAGACCGGAUAGCAGUCUACUGUUGGAGUUGAGUUAUCUUCCAAGUCCAUGGCAUUGUGAACCUGAGGAGGUUGAGCCUGUAACUCCUUUCAGGAUUGGUGACUGUGUAUGUGUGAAGCGAUCUGUUGCGGAACCUAGGUAUGCCUGGGGAGGUGAGACCCAUCAUAGUGUUGGAAGAAUAAGUGAGAUUGAGAGUGAUGGUCUUCUGAUCAUUGAAAUACCAAGUCGGCCAAUCCCCUGGCAGGCUGAUCCUUCUGACAUGGAAAAGGUGGAAGACUUUAAGGUUGGGGACUGGGUUAGAGUGAAAGCUUCAGUGCCCUCCCCAAAAUAUGGAUGGGAGGACAUCACGAGAAACAGUGUUGGGGUAAUUCACAGCUUGGAGGAGGAUGGUGACAUGGGUGUUGCCUUUUGCUUCAGGAACAAGCCAUUUACUUGCUCUGUCACAGAUGUAGAAAAGGUGCCUCCUUUUGAAGUGGGUGAAGAGGUUCAUGUGAUGCCAUCUGUGACUCAGCCCAGACUUGGAUGGUCAAAUGAAAGUCCAGCAACUGUCGGAAAAAUUAUUAGAAUUGACAUGGAUGGUGCUUUGAAUGUAAAAGUUGCUGGCAGACGUACCUUCUGGAAAGUUUCGCCUGGAGAUGCAGAGCGACUUUCUGGUUUUGAAGUUGGUGACUGGGUAAGAUCAAAACCAUGCCUGGGGACUAGACCAAGUUAUGAUUGGAACACCAUUGGGAAAGAAAGUUUAGCUGUUGUGUUCAGUGUACAAGACAAUGGUUAUCUAGAGUUGGCUUGCUGUUUUCGGAAAGGCAGGUGGCAUACUUACUAUGCGGAUGUUGAAAAGGUUCCAUCUUUCAAAGUUGGGCAACAUGUGCGGUUCCGUAGUGGAUUAGUUGAGCCAAGAUGGGGCUGGAGAGGGGCUCAGCUUCAUUCACGAGGAAUUAUAACCACUGUUCAUGCUGAUGGGGAAGUGAGAGUGGCUUUCUUUGGUUUGCCAGGGUUAUGGAAAGGUGAUCCAGCGGACCUUGAGCUGGAGCAAAUGUUUGAAGUGGGAGAAUGGGUGAGAUUAAGAAAGUAUGCAAGUAGUUGGAAGUCCAUUGAGCCAGGUAGUGUUGGUGUUGUGCAAGGAAUAGGGUACGAAGGAGAUGAAUGGGAUGGAACCACAUUUGUUGGUUUUUGUGGGGAGCAAGAAAAGUGGGUGGGGCCUACUUCCCAUCUUGAAAGGGUAGACAGGCUUAUUGUUGGUCAGAAGGUUAAGGUUAAACUCUCUAUAAAGCAACCAAGGUUUGGUUGGUCAGGCCAUAGUCAUGCUAGUGUCGGAACUAUAUCUGCAAUUGAUGCUGAUGGAAAACUAAGAAUAUAUACUCCAGCUGGAUCAAAAGCUUGGAUGUUGGAUCCGUCAGAAGUGGUACUGGUGGAAGAGGAGGAGCUUCAUAUUGGAGAUUGGGUUAGGGUUAAAGCCUCUGUUUCAACCCCAGCAUAUCAGUGGGGAGAGGUUCGUCAUUCAAGCAUUGGAGUGGUGCACAGAAUGGAAGAUGGGGAGCUUUGGGUGGCAUUCUGCUUCAUGGAGAGGCUAUGGCUCUGCAAGGCAUGGGAGAUGGAACGGGUAAGACCAUUCAAAGUGGGUGACAAGGUGCGGAUUAGAGAAGGACUAGUGACCCCAAGGUGGGGUUGGGGAAUGGAGACGCAUACAAGCAAGGGACAGGUGGUUGGGGUGGAUGCAAACGGGAAGUUAAGGAUUAAGUUCCGAUGGAGAGAAGGCCGGCCAUGGGUCGGAGAUCCAGCUGAUAUUGUACUUGAUGAACCCUCUUCUGGCCGAAAUGAAACUCAAAAGUGAAGGCCCCUUUCACAGCCUAUGGGUAUUUCAAUUGGCUCGCAAGCCUAUGCAUUUCUGCCAUCACAAAGCUUUUUGCAGAGAAGUGGGAAGCUGAUACUGAUGCCUGCUGCACCAUGAUCCGAUUGGCUAUACAUUUUGUUGCAAAGAGCACCGCAAGUGCAACUACAUGAUUUAUUUAUUGUUAAUAAAACAGUAUAAGGGAUGGGAUAGAUAGGAAUCUGAGGGAGAAAUUGGUAUGCCUUAUUGUUAAUUAUAGGAGAUACGGAAGGCAUCCAGAGAAAAAGGUGGCAGUAGGAAAUUUGUAUUCUAAAGACGAUGUUUGUAGUUUGACAAGCUUUUGAGGUAUAUAUACAUGUUUUUAUAUGUUUA